AUGUCGCUGAAUGAGCAAGCUUCUUGGGCCGGCCACCUUCAGACCCCCGUCAUCUUCAACCACCACGAGCCUCUGGAGAUUAACCAUACCUCCAUCAUCCACGUCGACCUCAACCCCAUCAAGUCGACGCGCAAGGCCGUCAUCAACGAGGAGCGCGUCCUGAUCCUCACGCCUCUCAAGGACGCCGCUCCUUACCUGUCAAAGUACUUUGAGCUGAUCGCCGAGCUGACGUACCCUCACCACCUAAUCGACCUGGCCUUCCUAGUCGGCGACUCCAAGGACGAUACGCUCGCCGUUCUCGCCUCCGAGCUGGACCGCAUCCAGCGCCGCCCUGACAAGAUUCCCUUCAACAGCGCCAUGGUCGUCGAGAAGGACUUCGGUUUCGAGCUCAGCCAGAGCGUUGAGGAGCGCCACUCGUUCAAAGCUCAAGGUCCCCGACGAAAGGCAAUGGGCAAGGCUCGCAACUACCUCCUUUCUGCUGCCAUGAAGCCCGAACACUCCUGGGUCUACUGGCGUGAUGUUGACAUCGUUGACAGCCCCAAGAAGAUUCUUGAGGAUUUUAUUGCCCACGACACUGACAUUCUCGUGCCGAACAUUUGGUUCCACCGCUACCGUGAUGGCCGUGAUAUUGAGGGUCGCUUCGACUACAACUCCUGGGUUGAGUCCGACAAGGGCCGCAGACUAUCAGCUAGCUUGGACAAGGACGUCGUCCUCGCUGAAGGCAAGGGACAUCGCUACAAGGAGUACGAUACUGGACGCCGGUACAUGGCCAAGGAAGGCGAUUGGCGCAACAAUAAGGAUGAUGAGCUCGACCUCGAUGGCAUUGGCGGUGUCAACAUUCUCGUCAAAGGCGAUGUCCACAGAUCAGGAAUCAACUUCCCGUGUUACGCCUUCGAGAACCAGGCCGAAACGGAGGGCUUCGCCAAGAUGGCCAAGCGCGCCGGUUACCGUGUUGUCGGAUUGCCCAACUACGUCGUAUGGCAUAUUGACACCGAGGAGAAGCCAGGAAACGCAUGA